ACGAACGAACGACUUAAUUCGUAUCUAAACUGGACGUGCAUAUUAGUACACAGAAGAGCACUUCGCUGUUCAAUUUUUGUAUGUAAUUUUAACACAGCAUAGGGAUGGAAUCAGAUCUUGAAAAGGCAACUACUGAAGCUGCUGGUUGUAGUGAUGUUUAUAAUAGCCCCACUGCUUACCAACGACUAUUUAACUAUAUAUUUGGUCCGGAGAAAAAGGAAGUUAAUCUGAGUUCAACGGCGAGUACAGCCUCGGCCCCUGACACGGUAGAACAGGACUUGGAGUGUGAGGAAGAACUGAAUGGUGUGCCUGGGUCGGUAACAGACAUCAACGUGGGGGUAUCUAAGCAGUCCCGUUGGAGAAGACUUUUCUAUCCACAAUAUAACAAACAUUCCCUGUACGUGUAUGGUAGUGUCACAGCUCUGCAAAAUGAAUGUGCAAGACAGGACGCGGCCGGUGUUUGUAUUAUCCAUCCUUUUAGCUCAAUUAGGAAUUACUACAUCAUGUUCAUGGUGUUCAUGACAUUCAUAAACCUAAUUGCAAUCCCCAUGGAACUAGCAUUUCUAGAAGGAGAGCAUACAGAGGGGUUUAAUAUGGUGAUUUUUAACUUAUGUUCAGACACUCUCUUUCUACUUGAUAUCGCUGUAAACUUCAGGAUGGGUGUCAUAACUGAAGACAGUGAGGUGGUUCUUUUGGAUCCAAAGCUGAUCGCCUGUCAUUACCUUAAAUCUUGGUUUGUUCUUGACCUGAUUUCUGCGUUUCCUGUCGACUAUGUUAUACUCAUUGUAAAGGAACUGGAAGAUGAUCAAAGCACCACAACCUAUACCGCCUCCAAAUUGGUGCGAAUUGUCCUCUUUGCAAGAAUCUUUAGUUUAAUACGACUUCUCAGAGUCUCCCGCCUGGUGAGGUUUUUCAGUGAAUGGGAACAAGUUGCAAAUUCCAACAUGGAAGCAGUGAGACUGUUUAUUCGAAUUAUCUGUCUGUUUGCAAUGAUCCUAUUGCUUUGCCACUGGAAUGGCUGUAUCCAAUACUUUAUUCCCUCUUUGCAAGACUUUCCUGAGGAUUGCUGGGUUGUUCGAGAAAACCUCACGCAUGCUCCAUGGAUCGAGAAGUAUUCAUUUGGAGUAUUCCGUGCACUUUCACAUAUGAUUGGGGUAGGAUACGGCUCUGCUGACCCUCCAACAGGCGAAGCUGAAUUGUGGGUCGUUAUGACAAGUAUGGUUUCAGGAGCACUGAUGUACACCAUGAUGGUUGCCAAUGUGGCAGCAAUGAUGACAAAUGUUGAUGCAGCAUCAAAAGCCUACAGAAGCAAAUUUAAUCACCUUGAAGAUUACAUGUCAUACCGAAAACUGCCAAAGAAUUUGCGUAGUCGGAUCUCCACUUAUUACCAGGCCCGAUACCAAGGAAAGUGGUUUGAUGAGAGAGAGAUUCUUAAUGUGCUCUCUGAAUCCUUGAAAGUGGAGAUUUUGGGCAACCUGUGCACAGACCUGGUGAAGACUGUACCCAUGUUCCAAGGUCGUGACAUAAACUUCAUAAAUGCUGUGCUCUUAAAACUGCAGUGUGAGGUUUUUCAGGAAGGAGACAUUAUUAUUCGCGAGAAGGCUGCAGGAGACCGCAUGUUCUUUAUAGAGCAUGGAAGAGUCAUGGUAAAGACUGAGCAGAAAUUCUGCACGGAACUGGCUGAUGGAGAUUACUUUGGAGAGAUUUGCUUGCUCACGAAGUGCAGACGGACUGCAUCAGUACAAGCUUUGACUCUUUGCACUCUUUUCUCACUCUCUGCUGAGAAGUUUAAUGAGGUGCUGCAAGAAUUUCCGGAAAUUAAAGAAGAAAUGUUAAGAACAGCAUCCCAGAGAUUGUGGACUUUACAGGACUUUGUGGACCAAAAGCAGACACCUCUUCCAGAAAAUGGAACUGACAAGAUUAAGGAAGCUAGCACUUUGGGGGUUUAGAGAGAAUCUACAGUGUUUAAGAGAGGGAUUUGUUAUUCAGCAUUGGGUGGGAAGUUGUACUGAUGAGUACAAAUUAAGGUGCUUCUGAAACUGCUUUGUGUAAUGUACUCUUGACAUUUGCAGGAACUUUCAAAAAUAAGGUUUUACUUCA